CCAUUAGGUGAAAAAAGCAAUCUCCCAAGAAAUAAAAAAAACCUCUCUAGCAAUGCACACCAAACUGAGCAUGUGCAGAGUGUCAUAGAACUAUGUCUUGUGAGAAGAUAAGAGGAGUGCACUGGAAGAAGGGGAAGAUCAGAGAAGCCAGGAUCAAAUAGUACGUUUACACAAUGCAGAUGAUUAACCCCUUAGGUUCCACAGUGAGUAUAACAAGCAUGCUUUACUGCAUAUACAGACUGAUUUUACUGUUGUGGGUUUA